GUGUGUAUUUUUGUGGAGCCGGAAGCAUUGAACUGAAAAAUGAUAUCAAACGAUUAAUAUGUGAAUGUAGCGGUAAGUGCGAAAAGAAACCAUUUGAGACGACAUUGUUGCUACAAUGAAUCUGUGUGCCUUCCAUUUGUUUUUUGUUAGCCUUAUCACACAUUCAACCCGUGCUGAAAGAAAGAAAGAGUGGACAGAAACCAUGCAUCUUAGUAUUGAAGGUUAUGAGAGCCGCUGUGAAAACUUCAAAUGCCGUUUCACGGGUUUUGUGAAGGGUAAAUUCUCAAGCCCUGGUUGGUCGAAAAGGCUAAGUGUCACUAUAAGGGUUGAGUAUUGUCCAAAGUAUAAAAAUUGCAAUGCCGAAGAAUCAUGGUCAAAUCAUUGCAAUUUGUUGAAUUUUCCCAAGCCAGCAAUGCGUACCUGUGAGUUCAAUUCAGGUUUCCCGUGCUAUUGCCAUGGCUUACAUUCUGCGACAAUCCUGUUUUAUCCAACACAUCCAAACUCAUUGUAUCGGAUGAAUUUAUUUGAUGGGCGCUUUAUAUUUUACAACCAACCUGAAAGCAACAUCUUUGAUAGUUCUAUUAAACCAGUCAAUUGGGAACCUAUUGUGGACAUAAUCAAACUUAGUUCUCUUCGCUUUGGCUCUGGCGCAUGUCUAUCCGAAUCUGGAAAACCACAGGUUAAGUCUGUACUGAUCUUUGUUGGAAUCGGAGUCUUGUUGGCAUUUGUUCUGUCGGGACAGUUCUCAGCUUACUGGUGAAUCUAAAAGGCGAUUUAAAUAAGUAUACAAUAGUGGUUACUGUAUUAUGUUUUCGGUAAGAUAGACUAAAAUAGUAUUUACAGAAACUAAAUGUUCGACGAACUCUUUAGAAUAUCAAAAAAAGAAAAUAUGGGCUCUAUUAAGCGAGGCAUUAUUAGUAAUUGAAGAAAUGUUUUAUUGUUAUUUUCAAAAGUGUAUUUUUGAAAGAAACUAAUUAAUUAUGAACUUAUUAUAUCAGGUAAAUAUAUUUACAAUUCUCAAAGAGUUUUUAGAUACUAAAAAAUGGAAGCAUGAUUGAGAUACCUUUAAUGUUAACUUGAUAGGCAUGAAUACAUUAAUAUCUGCAUUUAUUUUUUCCAAACUAUCGAAUAUUUUUUGUGUUGUUUUUUAGGUUUUCUCUAGAAUUGAUUUUGAACAUUAUUCGCUAACUUAGUAAUGUUUUAGUUGAAAAUUAAAAAGUAUAACAACACUUUCCAUUACAAUUGCGAAUAAUAGGUAUACAGUUUGGUAGUUUAAUUAUUUAUCUGAUGUAGAAUUUUUUUUUAAUCGCUUUUGUAUUUUAUAUGAAAGCUAAAAUAUAUCGUCCAUUGAUUUAAAAUGCUCUAUCAAAUCUGCUAAGACAUUUUUAUUUUAUCUUGAUAAGCUAGACGAAAAUGAUCUAUGCUAAAUUGAAUGUUAAUUUUACAAUUUGUAUUACAAUUUUAUGAUUAGAUUAUUUUUAAAUACUACUACGUUUAUUUUAUCCAAUGCAGUGUGUUACGUUAUUUUUUAAAUUUAAAUCAA